UGGAAUAUGCAAAUAUAAUAGCUAGAAGAACGUGAAUAAUUAAACUAAAGCAGCACGUGAAUAAUUGAUAAACCUUGUUUCGCGUGGAAUAUUACAAACCGCAUUGUUGAGUAACUUUCACUUAACCUAAAAAUAUUAACGAUCAACAAGUUAUAUCCUUGGAUUAUUGGACUCAAAAUCGAUUUAUAUAUCAACCAAUCGCCGAUAGAGAAAAGACUGAAUCAAAAAGACGAAGUACACAUGUAUUUCUAUAAAACGUAUAGUCAGCGAUAUACACCAUUAAGCACAUAACCUCAAUUUAAACAUUACUUUGAAUACUCCACGUGUAAAGAGAUUUCCGUCGGAAUUCACAUUUCGCUACGAUCUGGUGAGAAUUCAUAAAAUUGAUAAUAAUUAUAUACUUACUUGUAGCUUUAGGUCAUGUAGUUUAGCACAAUGAUCCGAGUUUUCAGUCGAUUACCAAAAAACACGCAUUGCGGUGGAUUCUCCAAAUUUUUCACUUGGCGAGAAACGUGUCUAUUCGAUUUCACUCUCAGAACGAUGUCGAGCAAGUCAGCCGUCAGGAUCGGUACGCACGACGGAACUUUCCAUUGCGAUGAAGUCCUCGCCUGCGCGCUCUUGAAAUUAUUACCACAGUACAAGGAUGCUUCUAUAGUGAGAUCUCGAAGUCAGAGUGUCUUGGAUACUUGUGAUAUCGUGGUGGAUGUUGGCGGAGAUUAUGAUCCAUCCAGGCACAGAUAUGAUCAUCACAUGAGAGAAUUUCAAGAAUCAAUGAGUACCGUUAUGAAAAAACCAGGAUAUGAUUGGACAAUAAAACUAAGCAGUGCCGGACUGAUUUACUGCCAUUUCGGACAUGAGAUAUUGAGGAGUAUACUUUCAGAUAUAACAGAGGAUAGAAUCAUUGAUGAAAUCUUCAAGAAAAUUUAUGACACCCUAAUUAAGGAAAUCGAUGGUAUAGAUAAUGGUAUACCGAUGUAUGAUGCCGAGCCAUUGUAUCGAAUAGUUACCGAUUUAAGCGCGCGCGUAAGCAGACUGAAUCCUCAAUGGAACAGUCAGGACGUGAAUAUCGAAAAACAAUUUGAAAAAGCUAUGGCUUUGGUUCUGGAGGAAUUUUUGGAAUUUGUACAAUACUCGAAAAAUGUAUGGUUACCGGCAAGAGAACUCGUGCGACGCGCUGUGGAGAGUCGAUUUGAAGUCGAUCCGAGUGGAGAGAUAAUAAUAUUGUCGCAAACAGUACCGUGGAAGGAACAUUUGUUUCAACUGGAGAAGGAUAUGAACGUGUCGCCGUCAAUAAAAUACGCCAUUUUUGAAGCUGAUAACGCUUACCGAGUUCAGUGUAUGCCGGUAGCGCUGGGAAGUUUCGUGUGCAGGAUGUUUUUGCCGGCAGCGUGGGGCGGUUUGCGUGAAAAUGCCCUUGUAGAAGCCUGCGGAAUUGAAGGCGCCAUAUUUGUACACUCUGUUCGGUUCAUCGGCGGUCAUAAAACCAAGGACGGCGCGUUGGCCAUGGCGCGGAAAGCGCUCGAAAUUGGGAAGGCCGAGCAAUGUGCAUAAUGACUGUGUCUGGACCAUUAAUCUUUUUUAGAAUUUUUACGAUGUAUUGAACAUUUUUUAAAAAA